AUGGAAUAUGAUGCAAAUGGACCGGUCCUAAAUCUGCUCCUAAUGCUAGGCGAACAAUUGUCUCUUGCAGGUGUUGAUGCAGCUUUCUUGCCAUUCCCUGACGGCCUUCUCGCGUUUGAGCAUGCGCUUCAGACUCUGCAUAGUGCUGUUCCCUCAGCAGAUACGAUCUACAUCUCAUUGAAAGAUGAGGGCCAGAAAUCAAAGCUUCAGCUUCGUCUAGACAACCCAAGUCCCUUAUUCCCCUCACAAGAUCACUCCGACGAUAACCAUCACAGCCAUCAUCAGACACCCAAACUCGAAAUUAUCCCGGAGCAAGCCCGACAAGCCAGAUCUGGCGACGUCCAUCUCGACGCUCUCUUUGCGGUACAUAAGAUAUGUCCAGAUGCCAAAUGGUUAGCACUGGGAUGCGAUUUUCCGUUGCUACCACCCUCAGCUCUACAGCAGCUUGUUCUCGAGUACCGAGAUCCGGUCACGUGCUUUAUGAAAGAGAAUGGAGCUGCGGAGCCGUUUCUUGGGAUCUGGGCGAGUGAGGCUUUGGGACACCUGCACACUCAUGUAGAAAGCAAGCCGUGCGACGAGAAUGUACUGAGAGUUGUGUUUGAAGAUCUUCAAGGGAACUUGGUGAAGCCACUGAGACAAAAGUGGAUCGUCACGCCGAGACGGAAAACGAAUGGGACGGAGCAAUGA